AAUGACUAUCUUUCAUCGACCCAGUGUGCGACGAUUUGUAAAUAGCGAGCCGUGUCUAUCUAUUUAUUCUUUCUAUUGAUCUUACCGGGUAUCUUAAAUAGUAAACCAACACACGGUGACAUUCGUGCUACAAAUAUGUGGAAUUUAGUUUUAUGUGGAUUAUCGGGAAUAUUGUUAGGGGUCUUUUUUUCUUUCCAGCGUUCGAGUCCUAUAUGUUCAAAAUUUGACUACGAUGAUAAACUACUGGAAAGGGUUAUUCGAAAUGACAUUUUACUGAAAGAUGCAUUGGAAAAAAUAACUGAAACCAAAGCAAAAGUUGAAGAAACAUUGGCGAGAAUAGCUGAAGACCAUGCCCAAGCCAAAGUUAAGAUUAAUGAUGCCAUAAACACACUGUACGUAAAGAGUAAGGAUCUUGAUGACAAGGUAGAGUCAUUCAUCAACUCUGAGACCAGGAACGUGUAUGUAACAGUUCAAGAAAUGAAAGCGAACCUCAAGUCUCUCGUAUCACAAACUGAUAAUGAACUGAAGGCGAAAACACGGCAGAUUGAUGAAAAGGUUGAGGAUUUUAUUGACUCUGCUUCCCAGGCGGUACAUCGAAAUGUUACUGACCUGUCAUCUGCGGUACGGUUACUCGUGGAAAGGACCGCUAGUGAAUUGGAUUUUAUCACAGAAAAAAAGAGGAAGGAUCUUGAUGACAUGGUAGAGUCGUUCGUCAAAUCUGUGACCCGGAACGUGUCUGUAACAGUUGAAGAAAUGAAAGCAAACCUAACGUCUCUCGUAUCUGAAACUGAUAAUGAACUGAAGGCGAAAACACGGCACAUUGAUGAAAAGGUUGAGGGUUUUAUUGACUCUGCUUCCCAGGCGGUACAUCGAAAUGUUACUGACCUGUCAUCUGCAGUACACUUACUCGUGCAAAGGACCGCCAGUGAAUUGGAUAUUAUCAAAGCACAAAGGGUUGUUCCGCUGGUUAACUUUCAAGCUGUACUUCAUGAGGGUAAUCCGCAACCAUCCAACAAUAAUGUCGUGUUUAAGAAUGUCAUGGCCAACGAUGGUCGAGGCUAUGACCCUAAAACGGGAAAGUUCACGGCUCCUGUAGCUGGAGUGUACAUAUUCACCGUACAAUAUUGCCCUUACGAUUACAGUGAGGCAGGUUUUGAAAUUGUUCAGGAAGAGGAAUCGUUACAGAGAUCAUCUCACGUGAGUUGGGGUCGUUCAACAGUUUGUGUCAACAUGCAGGUCGUAGCUAAGGUUGAACAGGGAGCUAAGGUCUGGGUGCGGGCAACAGCUCGUAAUAGCACUAUAUUACAGGAAAAAUUUCGUUGGAACACCUUUGCUGGGCUGUUGAUCCAUGCAAUCGAAAAUUGAAAAGCAUUUAUCAGUGUUUUCAGUGUUUUCCAUUGUAUUAAUGCUAUUAUCAUUGCAUUGCAUUGUCCUAUGAUAUGCAAACCUUCAUAAAGACUAAUGGAAAAUUAAGAUAACCAGACCUCAAUACAGCUCUUAGGUCAAAGAUAAGAUCUUGAAGUUGUAACGUUGGUGGAGCACAUAUUCGUAAAUGGGAGGCAACAAGAAGCGUAUCGACUUUCCAUGCCGGACAGUGCAAGGCUUAACUGGUCGUCUUUAAACUUGCUUGACCGUUUCUCAAUCACCUUACAUAAUACAGAAUACAUUGUACGGGAAAAUACAAAGACUGUAUGGGACCUUGCUGAGAAGUUAUGUAGGAUUAUCAACGGAAUGUGAAAAUUUCAGUCAUGUUAUUUGACUUUAUUAAUUUACUGAAUUGUUGAAAACAUAAUAAACAAUGUAUUUAUAAUGUUUUAAACGUCUCUAAGAGUAGUUAAACUCUGUGUUUAUAAAGGUAGAUAAUUGGUCGAUAAUAAUGAUUGAAAAUACUUGUAAUAAAUCAUUUGGUUCAAAAGUUAAAUCAGCUUUAUGCACAAAUUUGCAUACUCUAAGAAAUAACCCAAGCAAUAAAUGGGUGGUCUUAAAUGUUUAACCUUCCAGCGGAGUUUUUAUAUUGAAAAUGUGAAACAAAAAAUUUAUGCAAC